AUGGAGCCGCUGCAGGCCUUGUUCGCACGAGCAUUCACGAUUAGUUGCAGGCGCAGCGUGAUCGCGGUGCCGCCGCUGCUGGUCGGCGCAGCUGCGGCCAUCGGGCCGCAGUUGCUGCUGCCGCAGCCCGCGGUCGCUAGCAAGCUAGGCGGGGCGGUCGACAGCGCCUGGGAGGCACUGGGGGGCGGCCCAGCCGACCUGUACUUUCCAGAGCAGUUCCUGGGCACAUGGGAUGUGGUCAGCACGCUCGUCAAGGUCGAGACGCCGCUCGGGGAGGACAAGCUGCCAAACCCUGCGUCGGUGCGGCGCGCCAAGGAGGCCGACCUGGGCCAGCCGAAUGGCUACCAGGUGGCGUUUGUGCGCAACAAGGGCGGCAAGGUCAUCUUUGACCGCCGCUUCAACGUGUCGGCUCUGAUGUCACAGUACUACCCAUCCAUCGAUUUCGGGGGCCGCAUAACCUGGGACCCCAACGACCCCAACAUUCUGCAGCUGCGCAUGCCGAAGGGCGGGCUGGACGUGCGGACGCGCGUGACGCGGCGCAGCGAGGUGUUUGAUCUCGACGGCAACACCCGCGUCAAGGCCAGCCAGUGCUUCACCAAAUACCUGUGA